AUGGACCCCGCAGACGAGAAGCAACAGUCCCCGAACGACGAUCGAGCCUCUAAGGAUGAACAUCACGGGAUAGAUGUCGAAGUGUCCUCCCUCGGCUCGUCAUCUGAAGAUGACAGGACCGGUGAUGAGGCGCUGAAGCUCGUUGGUCGUGAACGGACGCACACCUUCAGCGAUGAGUACAACGCCAGAUUGCGGAGAAAGCUUGACUGGUGGAUCCCACCCUUGUGCGCGGCGGUAUACUUCACGCAAUUUCUGGACAAGACGUCAUUGAACUACGCAAGUAUCAUGGGUUUCCCUAUCAAAGGCCAACAAUACAACCUGGUCUCGAUGGCCUUCUACCUGGGCUUUCUCAUCUUUGAGUUCCCUACUGUCUACAUCUCACAGAAGCUACGGCUUGCAAAAUACUUGGGUGGUAACAUCGUACUCUGGGGUGCCAUCCUGAUGUUGCACGCUGUACCGUCGUCUUUCGGCGCUUUCUUUGCACUCCGGUUUCUACUGGGCAUGUGCGAGUGCUGCGUUGCUCCGAUCCUCAUUUUGAUCAUCUCCAUGUUCUAUAAAAAGAGCGAACAGGCCAGCCGCAUAUCCUGGUUCUACGUCAUGAACGGCACAACAAUCGUCUUUGGCAGCUUCCUUGCCUAUGGCGUCUCGUUCUACGAUGGCGACGCGAUCGCGUCAUACAAGAUUGUCUACUUGCUACUCGGUGGACUCGCCAUCAUAGUCGGACUGGCCGUACUCCUCUGGAUGCCCGAUUCCCCUGUGCAUGCUGCGCACUUGACACCCGAGGAGCGUAUCGCUGUUCUUGAACGUGUGCGAGACGACCAAUGCGGGACGGAGAAUAAGACGUUCAAGCGCGCACAAGUCAUUGAAGCCGUGUGUGAUGUCAGGACAUGGCUGAUCGCGCUCAGCACGAUGAUGACCAGCAUCCCGAAUGGUGCACUGAGUAACUUCAGCAACAUCGUCAUCAAGGGCUUUGGGUAUACCACGAAACAAACACUCAUCCUAUCGACGCCCGGAGGCGUUAUCGCGGCAUUGACGACUCUUGCGUGCGGCUACUACUCCGACAGGAAGAAUGAACGCAUGCUGCCCAUCGUUUUUGCUCUCAUCCCUGCGAUUGUUAGCGCUGCUAUGCUCGUCGGUCUGGACGGUUCGGGGAACAAGGGGGCGCUUCUCUUUGCAAUCAACGUGAUCAACAUGUACGGGAGUGCUCUGGCCAUGAUCUACGCUUACAACGCCAGUAACACUAGUGGGCACACAAAGAAGCUCACGAUCAAUGCCAUUACCCUCGUCUCCUUCAGUGUUGGCAACAUCAUCGGCACAGAGAUCUUCCAGGCGAAAGACGCCCCUGGAUACCUUCCAGGAAAGGUCACCAUUUUGAUACUCUUCCUCGUACAGUUCGCUUUAUCGCUUAUUCUGCGUGCCUUGAAUCUUCACAAGAAUAAGGCGAAGUUGCGCGCGAUACAAGCAGAGAUGGGCCGCCUCGGGUGGUCGGAUACAGAUGUGCAGCGCGAGAGGGAGCGUAGCGCAUUUCAAGAUCUUACGGAUAUGAGAAACAUCUUCUUUGUAUACACAGUAUAG